AUGACUUUAUUAGUUGUCGUCUGCUGGUUUUCAUUUUCAGUAAGUGCAACGCAAGUCUUACGAAAACAUGGCGACCAUACUUGCAAUAAAUCAUGCAGCUCAUAUUUUUUACUGUUUACUGCUAAAGUGCGACAAGAUUACGUUCGUUUUUCUCCUCAUUUUCUUUUUCUUUCUCGCUAUCCUUUUCUUUUAUAUACACCUUUUCAUUUUCUUUUUUGUACUUCUUUUUGCUUUUUUAUUUUUUUAAUCCUUUUCUUUCUUUUCCUUUUCAUACUCCUUUUCUUUUUCCUUUUUUUGUACACCUUUUCUUUUUUUUCUUUUUUUUUUACACACCGUUUCAUUUUGUACGAUUUUUUUCUUUUCUGUACUUCUUUUCCUUUUCUUUUUUGUACACCUUUUUUUUCCUUUUUGUACUCCUUUUCUAUUUUUCUUUUUGUACUGCUUUACUUUUUUUCUUUUUCAUACUCCUUUUCUUUUUUUCUUUUUUGUACAACUUUUCUUUUUCUUUUUUGCAUUCCAUUUCUUUUUCGUACUCCUCUUUUUUUCUUUUUUUCUACACAUUUCUUUUUCUUUUUUACACUCCUUUACUUUUUGUACUCCUUUUCUUUUUUUUCUUUUUUGUACUCCUUUUCUUUUUUUUCUUUUUUGUAUUCCUCGUCAUUUUCUCUUUUUUACUCUUUUACUUUUCGUACUCCUCUCUUUUUAUUUUUCUACUCCGUUUCUUUUUUUCUUUUUUGUACUCUUAUUGGUUUUCUUUUUUAUACUAUUUUCUCUUUGUUUUUUUUUUUGUUUUUUUUUUUUGUAUUCCGUUUCUUUUCUUUUUUCGUACUCCUUUUCUUUUUCUUAUGUUGUACUCCUUUUCUUUUUCGAACUUUGAAUAUUUUACUUCGUACAUCUGUGCAAGACAAUUUAUCUCUCUUUAUAUUUGUCUCCUGUUCUUUCUCUACUUCGUUUCAUUCAUCUCUCCCUCUCUCUCUCUCUCUCUCUCUAUCUCGCUCCCUCUCUCCUUUUUAUUUUUCCUGUCUUACCUCUUCAACUUUCUCUUUAUCUCUCACUUGUAAUUCUUUCUUUCUUUUUUCUAUUCACUACUCUCCUAUCUUAUUUAUCAUUCUUUCCAUAUCUUCUUUUUUUCUUUCCUUUCUUUCCUUGUCCUUCUUUUUAUAUUCAUUCUUUCUGAUAUCCUCUUUUUCAUAUUCAUUUCGUUUCUUUGGCGAAUUCAGACAUUUUUCUCUCCCUCUUUCCUCACUAUCUCUCUCUCUCUCUCUCUCUCUCUCUCUCUCUCUCUCUCUCUCUCUCUCUCUCUGA